CAUCGCUCCUAUAUUGUCUGUCAUCAAGGCUUUUUUUUCUUAACUAUCGUUUGACUUUGCUCAACUUUCAUUUUACUACUCUACUUAUCUUCUUAUCCGCUUAUCUAUCUAUCAUCAUGAGGUCCAAGUUCAAGGACGAGCACCCCUUCGAGAAGCGCAAGGCCGAAGCUGAGCGUAUUCGCCAGAAAUAUGCUGAUCGCAUUCCGGUCAUCUGCGAGAAGGUCGAGAAAUCGGACAUCGCCACCAUCGACAAGAAGAAGUACCUGGUACCUGCAGACCUCACCGUCGGCCAGUUCGUCUACGUUAUCCGCAAACGCAUCAAGCUCUCGCCUGAGAAGGCCAUUUUCAUCUUCGUCGACGAGGUCCUGCCCCCAACAGCCGCGCUCAUGAGUAGCAUCUAUGAAGAGCACAAGGAUGAGGAUGGCUUCCUCUACAUCACAUACUCCGGCGAAAACACGUUUGGUGACUGCUAAACUGCAGUCGAUCAUUUCGCUCAAACCUGGUCCCUUCUCCUUUGUGCCGCGAUGCAGAGGUCUAUCACGGGGUGUAUUUGAUCCGUCGUUUUUUGGGAAGUCGAUUCUGGGACGGGAGACAAUGGUCGCACCGUAGAUGGAGCCGAGGGGCAGGCUUCAACUUGCUUUUCAUGCGCGCAGGC